GAGGCGUGCACAUCCGAGGUUCAUGGCGUCGCUAAUGUUGAUGGUGGCGUGCGUGGCGCUGCUGGCGAGCCUGAGCAUCGAGGAGGCGCCGCGGCCGCGGGGGCGUGGGGAGACGCUGGAGGCAGCGGGAGCUGCAGCGGCGGCAGUGCUGGCCAGGGCGUGGCAGCCACACUGCUGCGUCAUCAUGUUAACGGACGGCGCCGCCUCCACGCACGCUGUGGCCAAGGUGUGUCUACACUUGUUCUCUUUAAACCUGCUGGAUUUUCAGCAAAACUUGGAAUGACUGUAGCAGGAAGAGCAGUGGUGCCCCGGUGCCCUCCUGCGCCUUCUGCUGCGGCAAUGAGUCAGUCUCGCGGCUCACACACUCUGUUUCUCAUAUUCCCUUCAGACGCUGCGGCAGAUGGCGGCACCCUGGGGAGCCGCCGUGCUGGAGGUGCCGCCAGGGGCUGACGGACCCAAGGACUCCCUACCACUGCUGCGCCGCGCCCUACGCCAGGCACACGAGGUGAGGCACGGUGAGAGAUUGACAGGAGGCCACGUGGAGGAAGGUGAGAGGUGGGAGAUGAUAGGGACAGUGACAGGGGUGUGAUGUCCACAGGUGACAAUGACAGUGACAGGGGUGUGGUGUCAACAAGUGAUAGUGAUAGGGAUGUUGUGUCCACAGGUGACAGUGAUAGGGGUGUGGUGUCCACAGGUGAAAGUGACAGGGGUGUGGUGCCCACAAGUGACAGUGACAGGGAUGUGGUGUUCACAGGUGACAGUGACAGAGGUGUGGUGUCCACAGGUGACACUGACAGGGGUGUGGUUUCCACAGGUGACACUGACAGGAGUCUGGUGUUCACAGGUGACAGUAAGAGGAGUGCGGCGUCCACAGAAGACAGUGUAAGAGGUGUGUCGUCCACAGGUGACAGUGACAGUGACAGGGGUGUUGUAUCCACAGGUGACAGUGACAGUGACAGGGGUGUGGUGUCCACAGGUGCAGCGGGUGUCGUGGUGUGUGGUGGUGGUAGUGGUGAGUGACGACCCUUCCUUCCUCGCUGCCUGGACGAAGCUGGCCAGGAGUGGCGGUCUGCUGGCAUGGCCCACGCAGCUCGUGGCGCUCACCGGCCUGCCCAAGGAUCGCCUCCGUCACCUGCACUCAAGCUUCUCCCACGUCAACGCUGUGCUCAUCAUCAGCGACGGUGGCGUCUCGCCGAGGUGCGAGGUGAUGGUGUACCUGCCGUACAGCGAGCACGAGUUGCUGGUGGCCAGGUGGCGUCCUGGACGCCUUACUCUGGCCUCCUCUCUGCCGCUCUUCCCGGACAAGUUCCACAGGUUCCUGGAGCGACCUUUCCUUCGCCUCACCGCCGAGGAGUUCCCGCCCCACGUGGUGAUGCAGUACAGGGCGGCUCCUGGGGGUGGCACCAAACUGGUGUUCUCGGGCGCCAUGAUGAGCGUUCUUGAAGUCCUCGCCCAGUCCCUCAACUUCAGUUACGGCCUGGUGCGUCCUCCUGACGGAUCCUUCGGCACCAGGCUGGCCAACGGUACGGCCACGGGGAUGGUGGGCAUGGUGGGCCGUAAGGAGGUAGACCUUGGCCUGGGUCCCUUCGGCAUCACGCCAGCGCGUUCCAUCAUCGUGGACUACACUGCGCCGGUGGUGAACGACUACCUCAGGAUCUUGGCUGGCCGCGGCCGCCCUGAGGUGGAUCCCUGGGGCUUUCUACUGCCCCUAGCGCCCCUCGUGUGGGUGGGCCUGGUGGUGGCGCUGGUGGUGGUGAUGGCCAUUGUUCUGCUCCUCGCUCGUUGCGUCUCCCUCUAUCCCCCAGCCCUCGCUCCCUACGUCAGGGUCCUGCUGCAGGAGAACUCAUGGCUCCCGGCGCUGUGGGGCUGGGAGCGGCUGGUGCUGGGGGGAUGGAUGCUGGCCAUGCUCGUGGUGACGCAGAGCUACACGGGGAACCUCAUGUCCCUGCUGGCGGUGCGCUACAUACCGCAGCCCUUCCAGACGCUGCGCGCGCUGCUCGAUGACUCUGCCACUACCAUGAUCUGGGAGUACGAUACUGCAUAUGUCAACUACUUUCGUACAGCGGAGAUCGGCAUCCUGAAGGAGGUGCGGGAGAUGGACGCGGCUGGCCAGGUCCAGUACGUGCUGGCGACGGAGUAUCCGAGCAUGCUGCGAGGAGAGGUGCGGCUCGGGAGUCACGCGUUCAUCGGCGAGGACCUCACCAUCAAGGUUCUGAUGGCGCAGCAGUUCUCCGAGACAGGCAGUUGUGACUUCUACACCUCGAGGGAAUCCUUCAUGCCGUUCCUGUACUGCAUGAUUGGCCCCAAACACAGCCCCCUCGUGCAAAGCGUCAGCAAGCGCAUCACGUGGAUCACGGAGGCGGGCCUGUACGACCACUGGAUGGACAGCCUCAGCCUAAACUCCACAGUGUGUGAGCGCCCUCCGACCAAGAUCACCGUGAGGACCCCGCUUUCACUCGGCAAUGUGUGGGGCAUGUUUGCAAUUCUGGUGGUGGGCAACACUGUGAGUCUGCUGCUGUUCCUGGUGGAGGUGCUGGCAGGCCACCACCUCCACUACCUCCUGACGGCGACCUCCUCCUGGACGUGACCUCGCUCUGCGAGGAUGCAGCAUUUUGCUCUUAUAAGGAAGGAGGAUUGCAUAAUGUACGACACGAGAGCUCUGCAAACAGUUGUAAUGAUAGAGCAUGUAUCAAACUCUUCAUAUAUUUCUUAAAAGUUUAGAAAUGUAUCUCUAACCUGACUUUUCACGAGGACACGUUUUUAUGAAGGUAUCUUUCUAUGUUCCUGAAGUCAGUCGCGAGGGCAUCACUCAAUGGCAUGUAAAAGAUUACAGGCAUUUGAUAAUGAGGUAGAUGUCUUGCUUCCGUACAUAAGUAGCUGAAACAUGUAUCACAUCAACACGGCUAUCUAUACUCAACUUAUGAUACCACCAU